AUGGCGAAGAGACUGCUCGACGUCGUCUUGGUCGGCGCCGUCUCCAAAGGGGUCGCUGGUGCCUCACAAUGCGCAGCGUCAACUGGCUCCCAAAUCGAUCUGGGCUGGCAUGCGCCAAAUGCCAGUGCCAUCAAUGAUCUCGGCUCGGUGGUCAAUGGAACGGGAGUCUAUGGAUUCAUCUUCAACUCGUCCCUGACACCCGCCACGUCGGGCUACAGCACGUACAACUGGUGCAACAUGCCACAUGUCAGGCCGCAGGAGUAUGUGGUGCCACCAAGCGAGUUGAAGCUUGAGUACGUCGAGGUGAUCCACCGGCACCACAAACGCACUCCCUACGCGGCCAACACAUUCCCGCGCGAGACCUACUCUUGGUCUUGCGCCGACGCCGCACUGUUCUACUACGGCACGCCGCGCCCAGACGGGACCUCGGCGCAGAUAAACUGGCAAGUGGCCACCUCAGACUCGAACCCGCUCGCGCCCGACGGCUUCAACGGCAGCUGCCAAUUCCCGCAGAUCUCAGGCCAAGGGCUCAACGACUCGCGGCAGCACGGACAGGACCUCUUCGACGUGUACCACGGCCUGCUGAACUUCUUGCCCGCAGAGUACGACCCCAAGAAAGUCGCGUACCGCGUCACCAACAACGUCAUCACGUCGCAGGUCGUCGGCCAGGUCAUCGAGGGCCAGUUCCCCAAACAGCUGACCAAUGCGCCCAUCGGCGUCUCCAUCCAGCCCGCGUCCAUCGACUCGCUCGAACCAGCCUACACCUGCGCCACGGCCGACACCCUCCGCGCGGCGUACGGCGUAGGCAGCCACGCGGCGAAUUGGACGCAGCAUCUGAACGCAUCGGCGGCGCUGUUCGCAAAGCUCGACGCCGUGUCUGGCGUGAACACGACCGCCCCGGCCUGGCACAACUGGUUCGACCACUACUUCGACAACCUGAGCGCGCGCCUGUGCCAUCAGAAGCCGCUGCCCUGCGCGGCUGCGAAUUCGUCCAACUGCAUCACCGACGAGGAGGCGGAGGCGGUCUUCCGUGCCGGCAUCUAUGAGUAUAGCUUCAUCUACCGUGACGCGCCGCAGUCGCUAGCCGCGAGUACCGCUGGCUUCGGGAUCUGGAUGGCCGAGCUGGCGGGCCAUUUGCGAGGUGUAGUGAAUACGGCGACUGGCGGCGCCGGGGAUGGCGGGGAUGGCGGGAUCUUGUACAGGCAUAAUGUCGCGCACGAUGGUUCCAUCUCCAGACUCCUCUCGAUCCUCCAGCUCGACGUCAUGGUCUGGCCCGGCAUGGGCAGCGAGGUCGUCUUCGAACUAUACAGUCGCAACGCCUGCUACUUUUUGAGGGUGCUUUGGGGUGGUCAAGUCUUGCGGAGCUCGAACCCCAGUCUCGGGAGGUUGGAUCUUGUCCCGGUGCAGAAGUUCUUGGACUAUGUUGAUGGCUUGGUCGGCGUCAAGGCCCAGAAAGUGCCGGGGUUGUGUAAGGGUUGA